UAUACAAAAUAUAAAAAAUUAUUUAUCUUCUUUAUGACGUUCUUUAUUUGUGUCUAUGAAUAUUUUAUUCAUUUUUCGUUGAUACGUGAAAGUACAGAAUAAUUCGUAAAGGUCUCGUUAACACGUGCCAAGUUUUUUCCACUGGAAAUAAUCAACAGCUUUCUAUUUUUUUUUUUUUUAGCGACGUUGAGACUUUAUUGUUGCCUCUAAUCUAGAUUUAAUUAGAGAUGAGGCACUUAUGUAUUGGGAACUAAAGGAUUUGUUUGCGGAUUAUCGCCACGCAGUGACAACGAGGUAGCAAGAUCCAACAGUGUUGACCCAAAUACUAACUAGUAUUAUAUGAUAAGGUUUGUUUUGUCGUGGAACAUUCUGUUAGAAGGUAUACUUGUGUUUUAAUCCUUUCGGUCACAUGUCCACUUCACUCAACUGUACAGGAGGGAAAGAUAUGUGUCUUUCAUAUUAAUUUUUUUGUCGGAGAGAAUUUUUUUCGAGAGAUUGUAUGUUAACUGAAUCAGUGAUAAGAUAUCGAUUCUGUUAAUGCUUUUGAAUAUUAUGUAACGGUUAUAUCUUGGAGGGGCUGUAUGAAAUGUAAUUGCGUCUGUUACAACGUUUACAAUAUUGGAAAGAACAGAUAGCAGAGACGAUACGAGAAAGAUAACGAGAGUAAAAGUUGUAUUUAUACGUUGUUCAAUUGUUUCGCUAACUGUAUCACACGUUUCAUGCAUCAAGAACUACGAAAUUUGUCAACGGGUCAGUGAUUACUGAUUACACACGGGAUAAUUGGAGUUCGAUGGGCUUGUUUCGCAAUGACUAAGCGAUCGAAUCGAAGAUUAGCGUGCUAUUGAAAUUAGGGAAUUCUCACCACGCGCAGCAAGUGACGAUAAUUCCUAGUUUGGUGUAUUGAAAUUCCGAAAACGGACGAGAAUUACACAAGUGACGCGUCCAAGUUCUGCAUAUUCUAAAAACAUUCGAACCCGGUAAAAUGAUGACUCGAACCCCUUCUAAUUUCACCCGAAAUAUAGCAUCUGUAUUUUCAUAUUACCAACAAAUAAGUGCCAUAAAUCUAUACUGUAUGGAUCAAAUAACAGAAGCGUACAAGAAAGAAGAUUACAGGCCACGGCGACGCGAAGAAGAUAUCAAGAAGUGAUAAUAAGAACACUCAAUAAAAGCAACAAUAGAAAAUCCCCAAGCUCAGGAGUCGCACAAUGAGCGUCCAAGUCAGCGAAAUCUUCCAAGCUGGAUGAGAAUAAGUCAACGAUACUUGAAAAAUUUAAUAAAUAUAUCUAGCAAUUGCAAUCGCAGACGCAAUAUCUAAAACCAGUAGCAUUUGGAUUAAAACACAAGUGUACAAUUUAAUAAUAAUUAAGAAGGAUCAGGCAUCAGAGAAGACACCUCGAAGCGAAGAUACGCGCAUCGAGCGGAACGAACGACAGAAAAUCCCCCGAGCUCGGGAAAUUGAUUAAUCGUCGUACUCUUCUCGUAUUCCGAGGUCGUUUUCUCGCGUACCUCCGCGUUUCACGCGGAUCUUGCUAAAUCAUCGCGUUGACCUACAGCACCGAGACGAUCAGGGGCACGACAGGUCGGUGGGUUAGGCCCCGAACGGACUGUCAAUGAGGUGUCCAGCUGUGCCCAUCCUGUGCAAACGCGGGAACAAUUAUUACCGCGGCCUGUAACAGUGUCCCUCCUCGUGUCCAUGUUCCAACACUUUUUACCAGCCCCACCAUUCGGCAUAAACACACCAGAGCGGUGCACAGUUUGCGGCAGUUUAGUCGCUACUUAACCGUGCUCGUUCGACUGUGUUCGUUACCACGUCGAGCAGCCGUCAGCCACGGCGGAUGAAGCUUUCGUCGGUGUCCGUCUUCGCGAUCCUCCCGAGGACUCCAUGGUCCAGCCGAAAAUGGGAGUUGGGUCGACGAAAUCCCUCGAAACAGGUGCACCCCGGUUCGGUAAUUCGAGAUGAACGGGAUUAGGAACACGAACACGAACACGAACGGGGACCACUUUUGGCCGAGCUUUCAUCUAUCUGGACGAUCCUUUCCGUGACGAGUCGCGCAAUCGAUUGUCGUCUACCGUUAUCGAGUGACGCCUCCGAAAAUCGUCGAUGAACUGGAGGGAACCGCAAAGGAAAGACGAGCGCACGUCGACAGAGGGAAGUGAGUUAGAACCGGUGGAGUCAACCUUGAUCUGCGGCGUUAACGAGGCGAACAAAGCUCUCCAGGCGUCGGCGUCGAGGAAAAAGCGGGUCAAGGUGUCAAAGACGUUAAGGCAGCCGUCAAGAUAUCGACAGAAGGUGUUAGCGCGACGAUUCCCCUAGGAAAACAAAGUGUCACGCGACACUGGUAACGAUCGACCGGGCCCCUAUCGACCGCGUGAUCGCUAAUCGACGAUCGGGGAUCAUCGUGUUUGGACUUUCUCGGAGUCAUCGUCACGCGACUACGCUGUCAACGAUCAACAGGGAGUACGAUCGCGAACAGCGUCGAUUCCAUCGGCAGUCAAUCGCGGAAAGUCGCCGAUCGCUCCUCGAACUGGCUGCUGGUCGCAUCGAGCAAUCCAGUCUCUCGAAUCCAACAUUCGUGGAAUUUUUCUAUUUUUCGAAGAAAUUAUAUUCGAAGUGUGUCCAAAGCUUCGGAGUCGAGACUUUUUUCAGCCGAAAUUGUGGUCGAGACACUCGAGGUCUAGAUGGAUUUUUUUCAAUCAAGCAACUUCUUUUUGAAAAGAUUGAACGAUUAGAAGUUUGGAAUUCUUGAUUGGGAGCAGUGAACUGCUUCGCAUGGGUGUUCUGUAUUCAAGAAGCUUUUUCUUGAAGAGAUUUGAAAUUUAACAGUUGAAACUAUCGCAUAGCUGUCAGUGAACUAUUGUGGACACUUGAAUACUCAAUUUUUGUUGGAGGAAUUCGGCAGUUGUUUCGACUCUUAGAUAAGGAACGGAUUUUGUAUAAUUCGGAAGUUUCUUUUCGAAGAGAUUCGAAGUUCAGAAGUGGAACUUUCGAAUAAAUAACAGUGAAUGGUUAUAGCUACUUGGACUGCAUAUGGAUUUUGCAUCGUCGAGAAACAUCUCGAAGAAAUCCAAAGCUCAAAACUUGAGACUUUCGACUAACUAACAGUGGCUUGUUAUAAUCGCCAGGACUGCAUCUAUUAACGUACUAAAAAUCAAUCGAAAGCAGCUCAGUGUUCAGAGGUCCGGUCAACCCUUGUGCUUCGAUAAAUUCCAAAAAAGACUCUUCCUUCUGAUUCAACCAUCCACAUGAUUCUAUCUGCUAACAUACUACUUCUUCAGCGUGAAUCUUGCACAACUUAAUUCAAGAUUCACUCGACUGGAUGCAGUUGACGUUUACUGAUACUGUGAUAAUUAACUGGUAAAUUAAUCGUUCGGUGAGAGUAGACAUAGGCGCUUGCAUGGAGUAUUUCGGUGGUGUGUUCUCGAAGCAAACGUCGUUUCCGAAGGGACACGAUAUGGAGAUCGAUAUGAGCGGGAGGACAAACAAAUCGACGGAGGAAUUAACCAAAAGACGAGUCUCCAUCAGCGAUCAGAUACUCGGAACGGAUAAUCCCACCUUUGAUCACCAUCGGCGCAUAAGCGCCAGCUCGGAGCAUAAUUCCGAUCAGGGCCGUGGAAAAUCUAUACUGGCCCACGGGGGCAGUAACCACGGCAGCUCGGAGAACAUACAUCAGCACAAGUUCGAUCUCGAGAACGGUAGGAUCAACGGGAACAGGAAGAAGUCGGCGCACAGCCUGACGAGCUCCAUCAGGGACAAGAUCGAAUACUCGGAGGAACUCAAACGGUCGUGGUUGUACCUAUUUUGCACGCGAUGCCACGGACGGGAUGACACACCAUCGUGGGAGCCACCCGGCUGGAAAAGAGCCUGUCCACAGCCAUUUUGUCCCAGCUACAGAAAAUUCGCCAGGCUUUUGUGCCUCUUCCUGUUAGGGUUGUUACUCUGGGGUAUCGUCUAUUGCGUGAUAGGCAACGACGCAGCCCCUGGUGGCCAGCUCUUCGGUCUAGCUGCUCUCUGCCUCGCGGCGCACUUUGGAGGAUGGCUGUUCUCCUUGACCACCCUUCCUGCCCUAAUCGGCAUGCUGAUCACCGGCAUUAUACUUCAGAACGUUGGUCUGGUCAACAUCGAGGGCAACUACACCGUCGUCAUCUCCAAUCUCCGAAAAAUCGCUCUCGUGAUCAUCCUCACCAGAGCAGGCCUGGACUUGGACCCGAACGCUCUGAGAAGGUUGAGAGUCACCGUGCCGAAGAUCGGUCUAAUACCAUGGGUCGUCGAGGCGUUUGUGAUAGCCAUAAUGUCAAAAUACCUGAUUGGCCUGCCCUGGAUAUGGGGUUUCCUGCUGGGUAGCGUAGUGGCCGCCGUUUCGCCAGCUGUCGUGGUGCCGUGUCUCUUCAGGUUACGUGGCAAGGGCUACGGGGUUGCCAAGGGCAUCCCGACCUUGAUCAUCGCCAUUUCUGGAAUCGAUGACGCAGCGUCAGUGGCGAUUCACGGAAUCGUGAAGAGCAUCAUGUUUUCCCAUGACGCGCUAUGGUACCAAAUCCUCCAGGGUCCAAUUGCCAUUAUCGGAGGUCUUGGGUUCGGUAUCCUGUGGGGUUGGCUGGCCAAAUACGUUCCAGAGAAGGGCGACCCGUUCAUGGUGCCCAUGAGAGUACUGAUGUUAUUAGGAGGUGGACUGCUGGCGGUGUUUGGAAGCGAGGCGAUCGAGCUCGGGGGCGCCGGACCCUUGGCAGUGGUUGCGGCCGCCUUUAUCAGCUGCUACUUCUGGCAGAAACAGGGCUGGGAAGUCGACGACAACCCAGUGGCAACCGCCUUCGAGAUAUUCUGGAUGAUCUUCGAGCCGAUCCUGUUCGCCGUGACGGGCGCCCAGAUCAAAAUCGACGAGUUAGACGGAAGAACCGUCUAUCUAGCCAUUGGCUGUCUGCUAACUGCCAUCAUCAUCCGUAUAGGAACGACCAUUCUCGUUGGAAUUCGUUCGAAGCUGAACCUGAAAGAGAAGAUUUUCAUCGCUUUCGCCUGCAUGGCCAAGGCCACCGUCCAAGCUGCCCUGGCGCCGACCACAUUGGACAAGGUCGACCCCAACGACCCCGUCCAGAUGAUGUACGCGGAAACGGUGGUGACCAUGUGCGUGCUAUCCAUCCUGCUCACUGCCCCCGCAGGUGCCAUAAUUAUCACCCUGUCGGGGCCUAAGCUCCUGACGAAGACAACAACGCCGGUCGCGCCUCCAGAGGCAUGGAAGGCGCGCAGACCCUCCAUUCGCGACAUCUCCAUCAUCAACGAGGACCCAGACCUCGAGGAGACCGCAAACGAGAGGAAACCCUGAAGCGGACGUGCUCCAUGUUUUCAGUCGAACGUGACUGUUUUACCUUAUCCGUAUCGAGGGCUUGCAACGUGCACUGCGAAAGAAUAUUCGGCGAGUCUCCAUCGAAGAUUCUCCCCGGUACUUUAUCUGCUUAUUUCGAAUAUUUGUUUCUGUGCACGAGGGUGUCGGUGGAGGCUUGCGAGAGACGAUUGGGAAUUGGGUAAAUGAGAAGAGUCGGUGUGGGGGAUUCUCGAGAUCUUAGCUAGCAUACUGCGGACAGAGUCUCGUUAAAAUGUCCCAAACGCGCAAUUCUUUCUGAGAAAUCGUUCAGUUCUUGGCGUAUCGCAAUAUAAUCAUGUUCCUUAUUUCAAUGAAGAUCUUGCACCCUGAACCACAGAAUUCAUUUUGUGCAGCAACAGAUAUAGUAAAAGAAGUCCCAGUUUAUCUGACAGCCUUGGAAGUAUACAUACUCUAUCGAAGUCUGAAUUGAUUUGAUUGGAGACGUUUGAAACAGAGAAUCUCCAACGAAGAUUUUGCCAUUUGUAUUUUACCCUCCCCAUCCUGAAUAUUCGUUGCUCCUCCAUUCUUACAAUAAUAUAGAUGGAGACGGGUUUUUGAUGAGGUCUGAAGUUGUUUGAAUGUUAAUUCUUGGUAUACGAAUCUGUCCUGUUGUAGUAUUAUUACAGUUUGUGUCGUCAAUGUUUUCAACGGCCAAUGUUCCUAUUAUCGGGUAUCGUUCCAGUACAGGGUGAGUAACCAGCUUUGUUCAAUCUGAAUAUCUCUGCUAUUAUAAAUAUUAGGCAGAAAUUGAAGUAGCAGACAAAGGUAUUUCAAAGUCGACUUAAUUCAGAUAUUAGUGAAGUAUAUAUGUGUUUCGUUGCAAUACAUUCAUUUAAAGUAUAAGAAUUUGUUGUGAGAUAAAUACUUGCUUUACAUGUAUAAAGGUGUAUUGUAGUAUAGUGAUGACAUAUUACAAGGAUCUUUAUCUUAUCUUAUAAUUCAGUAGAGUAAUGAAUUCUGAGGGAAAAAGAAUUAGAGCACACGUAUUGUAAAUAUAAUAAGUUCUGAGAUAUUCAAGUUUUAAGUUAGUGUUUAGAGUGCUUAACCCUCAGUUGGUGUGGUGUCAGUAUCAUUACAUUACGACCCUAUUAGGUAGAAAAUGAUUUAACAUACACGAAAUAAACAAUGUUAUAGUUUAUUCAUUUUUUGUAGAUUUGCAUUUCAUAUUGGAUAUGAAAAGUUACGUUGGCGUAAAUAUUUUAAACCACGAAGAAUCUUUUAAAUACUAUUUUACAAUAAUUUUAGAAUGAAAUGCUUCUUAGGAUUUGCGAUAAUCGAACAAUCCUGAACGAACUUUGUUCCACUGUCUAAAAUAGUAGUGAUAUCUCAGAUGUUCGACGUUGGUGACACAUCCUGUAUACUUACGCUGACGUUGCCGGUCCCAAGGAUUAAAAAGCACGUUGAUAUCAAGCAUUCGUUUUCAAGUUUUAUCGUUCGUUGCAGAUCGCUGACCUAUCACUCCGCGAGUGAUCCAAAUUGGUUUAUUUAAUUGUCUCUGCCUUAUAAAAAAGAUCCGUCGAGAAGAUCUGCCCAUUGAUCUGGAACGUAGAGAAACGUAUACAGGGUAGAGCACUUGAAAUAGGUCACCUGUAUACCUCGUUUAUUUAUAAGGAUAAGAAAGAAUAUUCGAGGCUAAAGUUUCUUGGUUUUAGAUGUAUAAGGUAUCCGUGUCGUUUUUCUUCUGAAAAUCGAAAAUCGUGGAGACCAUUGGAUCCGUGUUUUCAAUUAUUCUGGUCGAAGCCAGAAUAAAUUGAGGAGAACCGUUUGUAAUAAUAACGCAUAAUCUAGGAAAAGAAGAUUCAUUCUUUAUUUUUUCCCAUAUUAAAGAAAAAUUAAGAGGAUAUAUAUGAUAUUAGGGACAAAUUAAUGACCUUGAUACGUCUCCCUUAAACAAAAGAAAAUAUUAUUACCACACAGUGUCCACUAUGAAAUUAGACAAUUCUCCCUCAAACAUCCUGUCUAUUUUUAGAAAUAAGCCUGGCUGCACGGCUGACCUGUUUUAAACGCUCCAUCUUGUAUAUAACGACAAAGUGUAGUUGAACAUCGGCGUGUCUUUAGGCACGAAAUGCCAGCAAAACGUCUCCAUAAUGUUCCAUAGACAGGCGACCUACGCCUGGAAACCUCGAGCGAUAAUUGAACAAUUUGUCUGCGAGCUUCAUUGUCUGGAUGGGAAAUCUUGCCCCGGUUAGAGAUAUCGGAACAAUGGCUUUGGCAUGCGUUUAUUUUCGAGGUUAUUAGUCGCAUGUGUUUCGUUCAAAGGAUGCCACAAAUGAACAAAUAAAUGGAAAGAGUGUUGUAUCGAUUCUCGACCCAUUUAUGCCUGAAGCAAAAACUUGGGAUUAUGCGAAGAGAACAAAUUUUAACAUUUGGAUAAAUAAUCGUUGGGAUAGGAGCCUAAUUGCAUAAAUAUAUUUAAUAUAAUUAUAGUCUAACGAAUCAUGGUAAAUUCAGCAUUUGGACAAGUGUGAUAUUAACGUAUAUGUGAAUACAUUAAUAGUACUGAUAUCUUUAUUCACAAAUACUCCAUGUGGAUAUAAAGAAAAAUUGUUUAUGAAUAUCUUUUUAGACGUAGAUUAUAAUGUAGAACGCAAGGCAUAAAUGGGUUGGUUUAGUAUGAAAUACUAAAAAAGGAUAAUGCUUGAAUCAGUUUUUAAAAUUCGGUGAUUAGGUGUAGACUAGUUAACAUUUAAGAAUUAAUGCAUAUGUCGAAAUAAGUUUACGAUGAACUAACGAUUACCUUUGAUAGCUGUUUAAGGUUGUACAUUCCUACCUAAUAAUCCUUGUUUGGUGUCAAAGAAAACACAUCAAAUGUAUGCAGAAUCAUAAUAAUAUUAAUAUUUUAUUUUGCAUAAGUGCACUAUUUUUUCAUAAGUUUAGCAUGUAGUUUUCAUAUUUACGUCCACUAUGAAUGCAUAUAAUCAGCAAUUUACCGCUGUGCCUUUUCGUGAAAGACUUGACAAGUUUAAUUAGCUCGGGAAGACUUGUAUAAAGAAUGAUUGGUUUUUAAAAAUGGUAUCAACGACGUGAAAAGAGUGUUUUUAAAUUUAACGAGUGAAACGAUGGAGAGUAAUUACGGGAAUUAAUUAACGAGAGAUUUUUCAGAGGCCAAGAAGAAAAAUUGGAGAACGUCCUUAUCUAAUAUUUAACGACUCGAAAUCCUGACGAUCUCUAUCAACUGACAGUUUUCUUGCCCCUUUGUAAGAUUUAAUAAAAAGAAGUUUGAUUCGAUUAAAUAACUCUUAUUUAUAUUCGAAUAUACUGCUUUUAACGAAAAAUGUAAUCGAUACAUAUCCAUACGUUACACAGACAUUGUACACUUUUUUGUAAAAUCGUUUUGACGCAGCCUAUUGUAAUUUAGAAACGCGACGAGCGAGUGAGUGUGAAUACUUGUACAUAUUUUGUGGCCGUAUAAUUAGCCCUGAAUGCGAGACUAUGAAAGCAAUACGCAAGAGCCAGCGAAUUGAUUAAUCGAUCGGUCGAAACUUUCAGCAAGGAGCAUCUGCGCGUAAAUUAAUCGAUUAAUUAAUUAGCUCGAGAGUGCUCUUGCAAUCACUUUGCCAGAGAGGAGAGGAUGACUGUAUAAGAACAGAGUCUUACUAUUUGAGACUAAUACAUACUGUAUGUGUAUUAAACAUAAUAAUUAGUUAUUAA